CAGGUCGGGAACGCAGAGGCGGGGGCAACAAGAAGGCCGGGCGAGAAGACAAGAGGAAGCCAAAAGGAGAACGAGUUCGGAAGGGAGCGGAUGGCAAUGGCUCUGCUCCAGCUAUUGCUGUCGCUCCUCAUCGUCUCCUGCGCCGCGCAGUCGCCGUACGCGUCGAAGGCUCCUCCGCUCAGCGCCUCGGCGCCGGGGGGCUCUGUCGCGCCACCGACAACGGCGGUCUCGGCGCCGCAGGCGUCUGCACAGCCGCCGACAACAGUCGCCGCGUCUGGGCCUCAGGCCUCGGCCGCAGCACCAACAAAAGCAGCCUUGGCGCCACAGGCCUCUGCUGCGCCGCCAACUACAGCUGCCUCGCCGCAGCUGGCUGCCACGUUGGCCCCGGUUUCCUCACCGCCACUAGCUGCCGCUGCGCCACCUGCAUCCGCUACCCCUCCAACCACGCCACCAUCGGCAACGCAGACGCAGCCUCCAGUCGCCUCCCCGCCCACGGCAAUGCCACCAGCGGCGGCGCUCCCCCCGGCCACGCUCCCUCCAGCGAUGGCUCCGACGCCACUUCUCGCCGCCCCCGUCAUGCCUCCCGCCGCCCCACCGGCCACGGCGCCCGCGCCGGCCCCCGUGUCUCCGGCUCCAACUCCAAGCGUCGCCCCGACCCCGUCGCCGACAGAAGCCCCCGCCCCGUCGCCCACAACAGAGGCCCCGGUCCCGACCCCGUCUCCCGCGCUGGCGCCGCUCAGCUCGGUGUCGGUGAGCCCGUCUCUGUCGCCUGGACCCGCUCUCGCCCAGGAUGAGUCGGCGGCGCCGGGCUCGCGCACCGCCGUCGCCGCUCUGGUGUCCUUGGUGGCGGCCGGGCUCGUCGUCUUGUUUUAAGUAGAGCUGCGUUAACCGUUACACGCCCAUACCGUUCCUCAUACGCAGGGACGUGUUCUCCUGUUUGUGUUUUAUGGAUGCACGGAUCAUUCUUGUUGUACAACACGUUGGUAAUUUGUUUCCAUUCAUUCAUGUAUGGCUGACGGCCUGCGCCUGCGCCUGCCUGCUGCUUUCUUUUGC